AUGUCCCUCCCGAGCUCCCGCACCCGCUGGGUGAGCGACUUCUUCUCCUACGAGACCACCAAGUCGGUGGUGGUGAAGAGCUGGGUGGUGGGCGUCGUCAACCGCGGCGUCCAGCUCCUCAUCCUCGCCUACUUCGUCGGCUGGGUGUUCCUCCAUGAGAAAGCGUACCAGGUGCGGGACACCGCCAUCGAGUCCUCCGUGGUCACCAAGGUGAAGGGCGUGGGGCGCUACGCGGGGCAGGUGAUGGACACGGCCGACUACGUCACGCCCCCCCAGGGCACCUCGGUGUUCGUGGUGGUCACCAAGCAGAUCCGGACCGAGGAGCAGGCGCAGGGCGUGUGCCCGGAGAGCGAAGCCGCGUUCCACUGCUCGGCGGACCGAGACUGCCGGGAGCUGAGCCCGGGCACGAGCAACGGGGUGCUGACAGGGCGCUGCGUCCCCUACAACGCGACCCUGCGCACCUGCGAGAUCCAUGGCUGGUGCCCGCCCGAGGUGGACACCAUUGACGUCCCCGUCAUGCUGGAAGCUGAGAACUUCACCCUCCUCAUCAAGAACAGCAUCCGCUUCCCGCUCUUUGGCUUCGAGAAGACCAACCUGCCACCCCCUGGCAGUGGGGUGGAGCUGGGCCGGUGUCGCUUCCACCCACAGCUGCAGCCCCUGUGCCCCAUCCUGCGCCUGGGGGACGUGGCACGUCUGGCUGGGCAGGACUUCCCUGCGCUGGCUGCCACCGGGGGGGUGCUGGGGAUCAAGAUCGGGUGGGUGUGUGACCUGGACCGGGCCUGGGAGCGCUGCCUGCCCCGCUACUCCUUCACCCGCCUGGACAGCCUGGCCCGGACCCCUGCCCCUGGAUACAACUUCAGGCACGCCAGGUACUACCGCUGGCCCGAUGGCUCCGAGCGCCGCACCCUCAUCAAGGCCUUUGGGAUCCGCUUCGAUGUCCUGGUGUAUGGCAGCGCCGGCAAGUUCGGCAUCGUGCCCACCCUCAUCAACACGGUGGCUGCUUUCACCUCCAUCGGUGUGGGCACGGUGCUGUGCGACAUCAUCCUGCUCAACUUCCUCAAGGGCGCUGAGCACUACAAGGCCCGCAAGUUCGAGGAGGUGUCAGAGGCAGGCGUGCCUGCCACCCCCUCAGCGUGUCCCCCCGGGGCGCUGGGGACCUGCUCCCGGGACAAGCAAUCCACCGACUCGGGUACCUUCUCCCUCGGCCUCUAGCCCGGGGGCCAUGGGGCAGCUCCUGCCUGCCCACCACGCUGUGGGGCAGCCGAGACCCCCGUCGGGCUCCUAUUGCCCCCCAGUCCCCAGUGCUCCCUCUGUGAGCCCCAUCAGCAUCUGACUGCCCCCAGUGCCCACCCCGGGUACAUCCCAGUGUCUCCA